AUGAUCUCCAUCCGGCUCUUUGGCCUAAUCUAUCUAUUGGCCGAUUGGAACGUCACUCAAGCGUCAAACAUUCCGUUCAAGGUAACCAGAUUAGUUCCUCGUCGAUUUGCUCAAGAAUCGAAGCCCCUUCAACUCAGAAAACCACAUCCAAAAUGCCCUGGCGAAAUUUGUGGGACUAUUUACGGCGGGAUUACCGUGGCUUUGCUGGCAGCAGCAGAGCCUUGCGCCGCACAAGACAUCGCCGAUAAACUGAUUGAUGCUGUUAAGGAUCCGAAAAUUGAUAAAGAAGUUCGUGAAGACGUCAUCGAAAUGGCUAAAGCUGUUGCCGCUGCGGAGAAAAAUGUACCUCCGGACUUCUCAACGACUCCACCAAAGCUCCGGAAGGCGCUUCAUUGCCACAAAGAACCCAAGAACAAAGAACUUGAGGGUAUUGUUAUGAAGCAAGAUCCAGCAACCGAAGGAUUGAAGGAAUUUUUUGAUCCAAAAACCAAAAAGACUGUGCUAUUAGGCACCGAUCCACGUACUCUCCCUCGAGGCAAAGCAAAUAAUAAGGAUGAUGGAAGUGAAAAGGAUAAGGAUCGAGAGGAAGAUCAAAAAAAGAAAGAAAUCGAUAAAGAGGAUAAAGGUGGUGAUGGUGAUAAGGCCGGCGAGAAAAGGCCGGGGUUUUCUCAAAAGGCAGACGCAGAAGAUGAGAAAUUGGGAAUUUCGACGAAAAAAGAAUUCAACAGACAGCUAAACAAUGACGGUGGUGGUGGCGGCGGCGGUGGCGGCGACAAUGGUGGCGGCGGUAAGGGUGGUAGUGGUGAUGAUGAAUUUGAAAUUGAUAAGAGCAAGGCUGGAUUCAACAAAAAAUUCAUUGACCCUGAAUCUCUGAAGGAUUGCAAGAAUCCCAGGAUAAGAUUUGCAGCUGGUAUCAAUGGUAGAAAGAAAGAUGAAACAACUUUCAUUCCAAUCAGCAAGAAGUUUGAGCAUGGAGAAGCACUAGAUUUGAGUAUCAUCACCAGAUCUUCCUGUGACAAGCUUCUGAACUGUGACUUAGAUAAGGAUAAGAAGGAUGAGAUUUUCAACAAGUGUAAAGAUAUAUCUCAAGGCAUUGGCUCUUCAAAAAAUGAUGGUCUAGUGGAUUUAUCACUCACUACGUAG